UGGAUUGGAUGAUCAUCAGUUUCCUUGAGUCUAUCAAAGAACCAAACAUUCCAAAAUGAAGGCCUUCGCAGUCAUUGCUUUCGCACUCGUCAUCUCUGUUGCCCAAGGCACAGUUUACAGCCGUUGUGGUUUCGCUCAAACUCUCUACUACGACUAUGGCGUAACUGACAUGAACACCCUCGCCAACUGGGUCUGUUUGGUUCAAUACGAAUCAUCCUUCAACGAUCAAGCUGUUGGUGCCAUCAACUACAAUGGAACCCAAGAUUUCGGUCUUUUCCAAAUCAACAAUAAAUAUUGGUGCCAAGGAGCCGUGAGCUCAUCUGACAGCUGUGGUAUCGCUUGCACCUCACUUCUUGGAAACUUGUCUGCUUCCUGGAGCUGUGCCCAACUUGUCUACCAACAACAAGGAUUCAGCGCCUGGUACGGAUGGCUCAACAACUGCAAUGGAACUGCUCCAAGUGUUGCUGACUGCUUCUAAGUUUUUGUUGAAGUUUGAAUAAAUGACAAUUUCGUAAAUUA